GCAGAAGAUGGAUCAAACAGAUGUUCAUCGGGCCUUCAUGAUCCCAGCCAUGGUGUGCGGGACGGCCUUCUUCAUCAACUUCAUCGCCAUCUACUACCACGCCUCCAGAGCCAUCCCAUUUGGCACCAUGGUUGCUGUUUGCUGUAUCUGCUUCUUUGUCAUUCUGCCGCUAAACCUCGUGGGAACAAUCCUGGGGAGGAAUCUGUCGGGCCAGCCAAACUUCCCCUGCCGAGUGAACGCCGUGCCGCGACCCAUCCCCGAGAAGAAAUGGUUCAUGGAGCCGGCCGUCAUCGUCUGCCUCGGAGGAAUCCUCCCAUUUGGCUCCAUUUUCAUUGAGAUGUACUUCAUCUUCACGUCCUUUUGGGCCUAUAAAAUCUACUACGUGUACGGCUUCAUGAUGCUGGUCCUGGUUAUCCUCUGCAUCGUGACCGUGUGCGUCACCAUCGUCUGCACGUACUUCCUGCUCAACGCUGAGGAUUACAGAUGGCAAUGGACAAGCUUCCUCUCUGCUGCAUCCACCGCCGUUUAUGUUUACAUGUACUCCUUUUACUACUAUUUCUUCAAAACUAAGAUGUACGGGCUGUUCCAGACGUCCUUCUACUUUGGUUACAUGGCUGUUUUCAGCACUGCUCUAGGAAUCAUGUGUGGUGCCGUCGGAUACAUGGGAACAAGUGCCUUCGUGAGGAAGAUCUACACAAAUGUGAAAAUUGACUAAAGAGGCGAAGCAGUAAAAACAGGGAUAUUAACAGAUUUGCCUACGACGGCGGGCACAAGUCAUUCUUUAUUACUUUUCUUUCUUGCAAAGAGAUUGUGAGAAUCUCACUUUGUACAAUGUAGUUUUUUCUCCAUUUUCUGAAUGAAUUUCCACGCCGCAACUCACAAAGUGAACGAGAGCAAAUCUGCGGGAGGAGGAGAGAUUAUCAAACACACAAGGUUCUGUUUGUUUUUGUUUUUUUAAUCAGUUGUUGCUUUCAAGGAGAAAUGUUGAGGCGAAUGUUAAGGCUGACAUGGCUUCUCUUUUCCAACCCAGUCCCACCUGAGACCAGAGAACAUAAAUGUUUAUCGAUGGAAUAGUGUAGCUCUCUUCAGUGAAGAGGCCUAAGUGUAUUGAAAGCCUUUGUUCUAUUGUGUCAGAAUAUUGGAGAGUUGGGUUUGUGCCCGCGUUCUGACUUGAUUUCUAUUUUGUAUUCUUGAAGUCGCUCAUAAAAUAUCGUUACUAAACAGUACAGUAGUUUGUUUCAGAUCUACUUCCACUGCGAAAUGAAAAAAAAAAAAAAGCUGUCGUCACUUGAGAAUCAUUCCCCCAUUUUGACGAUUCUUAAUUCCCUGUUACAGUAGCAAUCCAUCCAGUCGAUGAUUUUAGUCCUGCUGUAGUUUUACUGUACGGACGAGAGCAGACGGACUCAUCAGCGGUUGAGGUACAGUAAGUAAGACAGACCUGAUUUUUAAAUGGAUGUUUGAUGUGAUCCCAUUUUCCCCGUUUAGUCUUUGUUUUCUUAAUGUUUGGGUUUGAAUGAAGUCUACUUGUAAAGAUAAUAUAUGGAUGGGGGCGGGGGGAGGGGGAGUGUAUAUAACCUUAAUAAUGUACCUUUAGAUGUAGAUCCCAAAUGUAUUUUCGUUGUACAGAUUUACUACAGGGUGUUUUUUUUAAAUGAAUCAUUCAGUUAAAAACAAAAAAAGGUAUAUUUUGUUUUUUUUUUUGUUUGUUUGUUUGGUGCUUGGGGUGGGGCUGGUGGCGCUGUUACAUCUUGCCUGAAAUUGCAUGAAGUUUUCACCAAACCAUCUGAUCGUCAAAUUUUCACUUCAGUCAGCGCUGUCAUGUUCUUCUUUUUUGAUUGAUUGUGAGCAUCUUCUCAGUCAUCAAAAUGUAAAAAAGGUACAUUUUGAUGACCGGUAAUCCUCCUUACGGACACUCUUAUUAUUCUUAUUUUUGAUUUCAUAUAUUAUUUAAAGCUUUAAAAUAAAAAAACAGGCUCUACAUCUUCUGGUAAGCCAUUUUCCCUUCACGUUCUUUCUGUUGCCGAACCUGAAACAUCAUCUGUGAAUGUCAGGAGGAAUCAGGCAGUUGCUUUGUUUCCACAAAACAUACUGUACAAAGUGAAGUUUAUGUACACUUAAAACUAGAUGUUUUCAUAACCACACACAGUGCUGCCGAGUGUUUCAAAUGCUUUUUUCCAUUUUGUGUAAAUACAGUACGUACCCUACUUGUAUGAGAAGUGGCAAUGCCUUCUAUUUUUUUUCUAACUUCCAGUUCUCCCCCACUGAAGUUAAUUUUGGCACCUCAUGUUGUGUACCAAUGUCUGAUUGGACAUUUUGAACCUGCAUAUUAACUUGCUGUAAAAAGAGAAAAUAAACAUGUUUAUGUACAGGG